AGCCAGAGAUUUCUUGGGUUUUGUUUUUUAACGACCUGGUCAGGGGGGCAUCUAUUUUUAUUAUCUUCAGAUCGGAGGUGAUGAUGCCCCUCUUGCAUGUGUUAUAAAUUGAGGGCCUUGGGUUGUAGCUUUUACACCAGCAUCUCCAGCUAGUUGCUAAAGAAAUACUUCACACGCAAAAAGGAAACAAAAACACACAAGUUCUGCGCGCCAUGGCUGCAAACUACUCAGUACCUUCAAUGAUAAUGGAGGAGGAAGGAAGGUUUGAAGCUGAAGUUGCUGAGGUGCAAGCAUGGUGGAACUCCGAGAGAUUCAAGCUAACCCGGCGAACAUAUUCAGCUAGAGAUGUCGUGGCACUACGAGGUAACCUAAGACAAAGCUAUGGCUCAAAUGAAAUGGCAAAAAAGCUAUGGAGAACUCUCAAGACCCACCAAGCCAAUGGCACAGCCUCCAGGACUUUUGGUGCACUUGACCCUGUCCAAGUGACUAUGAUGGCAAAGCACUUGGACUCCAUUUAUGUGUCAGGUUGGCAAUGCUCAUCCACCCACACCAGCACAAAUGAACCUGGCCCUGACCUGGCUGACUACCCUUAUGACACUGUCCCAAACAAAGUGGAACACUUAUUUUUUGCACAACAAUACCAUGACAGAAAGCAAAAAGAGGCACGAAUGGGCAUGAGCAGAGAAGAGAGAGCUCGAGCCCCUUAUGUUGAUUACUUGAAACCAAUCAUAGCUGAUGGUGAUACUGGAUUUGGUGGCACUACAGCAACAGUUAAGCUUUGUAAGCUUUUUGUAGAGCGUGGUGCAGCUGGAGUCCAUAUUGAGGACCAGUCCUCGGUGACCAAAAAAUGUGGCCACAUGGCUGGGAAAGUACUUGUUGCCGUGAGCGAGCACAUCAAUAGGCUUGUGGCUGCAAGGUUGCAAUUUGAUGUCAUGGGUGUUGAAACAGUUUUGGUUGCUAGAACUGAUGCAGUGGCAGCUAAUCUGAUCCAAACGAAUAUUGACACAAGAGACCAUCAGUUCAUUUUAGGUGUGACAAACCCAAACCUUAAGGGGCAGAGUUUGGCUACCAUUUUGGCAGGAGCAAUGUCCGCUGGCAAAACAGGAGCUCAACUUCAAGCUAUUGAAGACCAAUGGAUAUCCAUGGCACAGUUGAAGACAUUUUCUGACUGUGUUGUAGAUGCCAUCAAGAAUAUGAAUAUUGGAGAGAAUGAAAAGAGAGUGAAACUAAAUGAAUGGAUGAACCAUUCUAGUUAUCAUAAGUGUCUCUCUAAUGAGCAAGCACGCCAGAUUGCCGAGAGACUUGGGCUCAAGAACCUCUUCUGGGACUGGGACUUGCCUAGAACUAGAGAAGGGUUUUAUAGGUUCAAGGGAUCUGUGAUGGCGGCUAUUGUCCGUGGCUGGGCUUUUGCUCCACAUGCUGAUAUUAUUUGGAUGGAGACUUCAAGUCCUGACUUGGUUGAAUGCACAAAGUUUGCAGAGGGGGUGAAAUCCAUGCAUUCAGAGAUCAUGUUGGCUUAUAAUCUUUCUCCUUCUUUCAAUUGGGAUGCAUCGGGAAUGACCGAUGAACAAAUGAAGGAGUUCAUUCCCAGAAUAGCCAGGUUGGGCUACUGUUGGCAGUUCAUAACACUGGCAGGUUUCCAUGCUGAUGCUCUUGUGAUCGACACAUUUGCAAGGGAUUAUGCAAGGAGGGGGAUGUUGGCUUAUGUGGAGAGGAUCCAGAGAGAGGAGAGGAACAAUGGGGUUGACACACUUGCUCAUCAAAAGUGGUCUGGUGCAAACUACUAUGACAAGUACCUCAAGACUGUCCAGGGAGGCAUUUCUUCAACUGCUGCUAUGGGCAAAGGUGUGACAGAAGAUCAAUUCAAAGAAACAUGGAGUAGGCAAGGUGCUGUGGACAUGGGUGAUGGCAGUGUCGUGGUCGCCAAGGCAAGAAUGUAGACGAGUUGCCUUUAGUUUGAACUUGGUCGAGGUUAAUGAGAACAUUUGCAAGUUCCUAUAUUUUGGAACUUGGGUAGAAUAAAAUGAUGUAAUAAUUCCAGACAAUUUGGAUCAUUCUGGACAAUUUUUGGCCACUUGGAGCAUGUUUACCUGUCGGUUUAAUUAGCUCAAAGCUAUUGUUAAGUGUAAUUUGGUUCAUUCCACAUGUUUAAAAUACUAUCGUGAGUAAUUCAUGAGUUCUGUUAUGAUAUUUUGCUUCA